GUGCGUGACGGCUCAUUUCAUUGGGGAUGAUUGGAAGUUGCAGAGAAAGAUCAUAAGUUUUGUUCCGAUCACAAGUCAUUUGGGAGAGGAUAUUGCAAAAAAAUUGUCAGCAUGUCUAGAAGAAUGGAAUGCAAAAAAAUUAUUCUGCAUUACAAUGGACAAUGCAACAGCUAAUGAUAUCCUAGCUAAGUGUAUGAGGACAAAAUUGUCUGAGUGGGGAUCGGAUUUGAUGGAUGGGAAGUAUCUGCAGUUUCGAUGUUUAGCUCGUAUAAUCAAUUUGGUUGUUUAUGAUGAGCUUAAGGAGGUUGGAGAGGCGGUGGAAAAAGUUCGAGAUUGUGUAAAAUGGGUGAAGUCCUCACCAGCUAGGGGUGCACAUUUCAUGGCUACUAUUGCAUUUCUAGAAUUGGAUGGGACAAAAUUGGUAUCUUUGGAUGUGCCUACUAGGUGGGACUCCACUUACAUGAUGUUGGAAUCUGCAGAAAAAUUUGAAAGUGUGUUUGAUCUCAUGUACCAAAGUCCACAAUAUUCUUCAUUUCGAGAUUAUCUAGUUUCAAAGAAGGGUCUUCCAUCUUCAGAAGAUUGGCAGAGUAUUAGGCGGUUAAUUAAGUACUUGAAAUUUUUUUGUGAGCUGAUCAUUCGUGUAUCAGGUAUGUGCACUAUCAAAUCAUGUUUGUUUUCUUCAUUUUCUCUAGUGUAAUCAUUAGUUCUAACUUGUUAUUUCUAACAGGAUAAUCAUAUGUGACUGUACAUACCUUCUUCAAGACCCUUGUUGACAUUUAUGAAGUGAUAACAACAUUGAAGGCUGAUACGAAUGAAGAGAUGCAAAGAAUGGCAGAAAGAAUAGAGGCUAAGGUAUGGAAAUAUUGGUUUGAGAGUGAGGAAGUUGAGAACAUGAGGAUGAACCGAUUGAUAUACAUGGCAUGUGUGCUAGAUCCUAGGUGUAAAGUUGGAUAUCUGUCUUGGAUGUUGGAAGCUAUGUAUGGGAAGACUAAAGGGGAGGCUUUGACUGAAGAAGUAAGCGAAGAAAUGGCUCAAAUGUUUGAGGUUUACAAAGUGAAAUAUGCACCUCCUCCCUCUAAGAGUACUGUUCAGAUUACUACUAUUGAGAAUACUAUCAAUGUUGGAUGUACAAGUAGUGAAACUGUGUUUAUGGGUGGGAGAUUUGAGGCGGAGUUCCAAAAGAGGAGAAAGGAGGCACUUGAAAGGAGGAUUCGAAAUAGUACCGAGUUGGACAUCUAUUUAAGAGAUCUUCGUGAUGCUAUUAAUGAAGACGAUGAUGAUCAGAAGUUUGACAUCUUGAAAUGGUGGUCACGAUACAGUGUUAGGUAUCCUAUUCUUUCGAAGAUGGUUAAAGACAUCCUAGCUGUUCCCAUUUCUUCAGUUUCCUCGGAAGCUGCAUUCAGUUGUGGAGACAGAGUUCUUAGUCCAUUCAAGUCCUCUUUAAAUGCUACCACUGUGGAGGCAUUGAUUUGUGCUGAGAAUUGGAUAAGGUAUCCAGAUUCUGAUGUGAUCGAUGACAAAGAAGAUGAUCGAGAGCAGUUUGACUAUGAAAAUGUUAAUAAUACCCGCCACACUCUAAUGGAAAGUCAAAGUACAAGUGAACGUAGCUAAAGGAGGUGGGAAGUCAGAGUUUCCUAAUUGAUGUUGAUGAUGGAGGAUAAGAAGAAACUAAUCUUGAUGAGGAGAAUGAAGACCUUGAGAAUGAUGAUGAUUAUGGUCAUGAUCUUUUGAAUGCUUUCAAUGAGCAAAGUUAUGCAAAUGUUGGUGGAGAUGGAGGAAUUAGUUCAUGAUGUUGGCAUGUUGAUGUUGGUAUCUUGGUGACUUGGAGUUUAAUUAAGAUUUUAGACUGUG